CUCAGCGGCAGCUGUUCGUCACCGUUUCGGCAGUGAUUUGGAUCGAUGUUGCGUUUUCAGGAAAUUGCAUCAUAUUUUCCGCAGUGUACAAUCACAGUAUUCAAUAUAUCGAACCUUAUCAGUAUCACCCCAAGUAUCGAAUUAUUAAGAUAGUGUGUAGCCACCUGAAUCAUGGCAGAAGACAAAGCACCAGAAGAACAGAUGAACAACCUGGCUGUGAAUGAUGAUGAUGAUGUGGUGGAUCCAUGGAAUGUCUCUGGAAAGUCAGAGACGGGCAUAGACUAUGAUAAAUUGAUAAAAAGAUUUGGCAGUUCCAAGAUUGAUGAUGAAGUCAUACAAAGAUUUGAAAAGGUCACUGGAAAAAAAGCUCACCACUUAUUGCGGCGUGGCAUAUUCUUCUCCCACCGUGACAUCCACAGCAUCCUCAACCUUGUUGAAGCUGGCAAGAAGUUCUACCUCUACACUGGCAGGGGGCCGUCGUCAGAUAGUAUGCAUCUUGGACAUAUGAUUCCCUUCAUGUUCACUAAGUGGCUUCAAGAUGUAUUCGACGUGCCCCUCAUCAUCCAGCUGACCGACGACGAGAAAGUUCUGUGGAGGGACAUCAAAGUGGAACAGGCGCGGCAAAUGGCGCACAGCAACGCGAAAGACAUCAUUGCGGUCGGCUUCAGCCCGGAGAACACUUUCAUAUUCAAUGAUUUGGACUUUAUUGGCCAGUGUCCAGCAUUCUACCAAAACAUGCUCCGCAUCCAGAAGUGCGUGACCUUCAACCAGGUGAAGGGCAUAUUCGGGUUCGGCGACUCUGACGUCAUCGGCAAGAUCACCUUCCCCUCCAUCGAGGCUGCGCCUGCGUUCUCCACUAGUUUCCCUUUCAUAUUUGAUAAUAAAGUGGUUCCCUGCCUAGUUCCCUGCGCGAUCGACCAAGACCCAUACUUCCGUAUGACUCGCGACGUCGCCGCCCGUCUCAAGAUGCCCAAACCGGCGUUACUACACUCUUCCUUCCUACCGGCCUUACAAGGGGCUCAGCACAAGAUGUCGGCCAGUGACCCUAACGCGUCCAUCUUCCUUAAUGACACGGCUAAACAGAUCAAAAACAAGAUUAACAAGUACGCGUUUUCUGGCGGGCAGGCGACGGUAGAGGAGCACAGAGAGAAGGGCGGCAACACUGAGGUGGACAUCUCCUACAAGUACCUCACGUUCUUCCUGGAGGAUGACGAGAGGCUGGCGGAGAUCAAAAAGUCAUACGAAUCUGGCGAGAUGCUAACAGGCGAGCUGAAGAAGAUCGCCAUCGACACAGUGACGCCCGUCAUCACCGACUACCAGGCGCGGCGCGCGCUCGUCACCGACGACGUGAUGCAGGAGUUCUUCAGGAUCAGGAGGAUCAAGUUCUGAACCGUUAUGAUACCUGCCACACACUCGAAACAUUUAGUGUUCGAUUUUUCCAAUUUAUCGGAUUUUCAAAAGGGAUGAACGCAGAAAGCUCAACGCAGAUGGCGCUGCGUUCGUUUAAAAACAUAAACAUACGUGUAUAAUUACAAUGACUUUUUAUAAUAGGAUGCCUUUUUCAAAAACUAAGUAAAAUCACUGGACAUAUUAAAUAUAUUAAGAACGGGUCACUCACGUGUUUUAAGUCGAUAAUCGCUUGACAUGUUUCACUCCGUACCGAGGAGUGUGUGAGGAGUGAAAUAUGUCGAGCGUUUUUGACUUAAAAAACGCGAGUGAUCCGUUCUCAAUAUAUUUAAUAAGUGUGUCUGUCACGGAAGUUUUGUUAUUAAAAUCACUGAAUUUUGAAAAAAAAUACAGUCGGUAAAAUGAAAGUCUGCCAAAUGAGACAUCGGACAAUUCUUUUUCGAAAUUGCGAUAGGAGACCGUAAACAAGAUAUGAAGUAAGAAUUUUUGAACCUUAUAUGGAUGAGAUCUGGAAAUGGUCGAGUGUGUUUGUUAGUAAUAAUUAAAAUUAAUAUUUAUUUAUUGUUCCAUGUUAUUUUUUUACUGCCUAUGUCAUACUAUUUGAAAAUUUGCUUUGUUGUGCAUUGUUGUAAUUUUACACUAUUUACGUUGAAAUAAUGUAAGAUGAGGAACGUCCACGCUAGUGGACGGAAUAGCGCCUAUGACGGAAUUAGCCACAUUGAAUAUAAGGAAAUGGCUUAGCAAUUAACUUAUUUUAUGACAAUGUUCCUAUAAAAAGACAGGUAUUAAAACUAUUUUCCUCAUUAUAAAAACCAUGUAAAUACUACAGUUAUUGUGUAUUUCGGAACUGAGAAUUAAGGAAAUGCUAACUAAAAUGUUCUUAAGCCUUUAUAAGGCAGAGGGAAUAUAUUUCCCACCUGAUUUUGAAUUUUAUUUCAUAGUGAUAGGGUUCAAUUUGCAUAAUUUCUGGCACCCUUAUGCCUUAUAAAGGGUUAAACGGUUCUGCGGUGAGACGGUGUGAUUUUCUUAAUAUCUUCAAUGUUUCAAUAGGACAAAAUGCUAACCAAUUUAUCAAUUUAUGUUGUUCCCCGCACCUAUGUCAACAGUGGCAAAAAAAUAAUGUAAGUACCUAAAAAGCAUAGUGAAAAAAUGGGUAUAAUAUUAUAAUGCUGUACAAAUUAGUCCAACCUAGUUUGGAGCUACAAGAAUACUUGCUAUACCCUCUGUAGAGGCGCCCUAUAGGGUGCCACGUGAUUCAAUGAUUUACUGUUUUCAGUUGCAAUUGAAGGGUAAAUGAUAUCUUAUUUUUGUUUUUGAUAGUUUUUCUGUGACAGUACUCUUCAGUGUCGGAACAUUUGUAUUAUAUUUAAUUAAUUACAUUAUGUAUUUGGUUACUUUUCUUAGAUAUUAGAGUAUGAUCUCUAAUUUAAUGGUUAAUUUAAAUAAAAACUGCAAUGUAAAACAAGCCUUAUUUUUAAAAGCUGUGCUUAAAGCAUGAUAGUACCUAGUAUUUAUUUAAAGUAAAGUUAUCAAUAAAGUGAUUUUUGCAUUUUAA